AUGUCUCUUCUAGUGACUGUUUUGGCUCUCGCGGUUGGACUCCAUCAAUGUAUUGGAAAUGAGGAAUGGGAUGCAGCAUUUAAUGCGUUGUCAACUGAUCUGCCGGAGAGGCAGAAGGAAGUUGUCGACAAACACAAUGAUCUGCGGAGAAAAGUGGAGCCGAGGGCUUCCAACAUGCUGAAAAUGGAAUGGAAUGGGACAGCUGCAAAGAACGCCCAAAGCUGGGCUAACGAGUGCAAUUAUAACCACAGUCCUGUAAGCCGAAGAACAAUUGAAAAUGAUCUUCUGUGUGGCGAAAAUCUCUUUUAUUCAAGCGUUCCUAAAUCGUGGUCAGAAGCAAUCCAAGCAUGGUUUGAUGAGAAGGAAGACUACGUAUUUGGGGAGGGACCAAAACCAGAGAAUGCAAUAAUUGGACAUUAUAUUCAGGUGGUUUGGUACAAAUCCUACUUGGUUGCCUGUGCUGUAGCCAAGUGUCAGCAUGAGUUAUAUGAAUAUUUCUAUGUUUGUCAUUACUGCCCUGCGGGAAAUGUCCUGGGAGAAAAUUUUUAUAAACCUUACAAAGUAGGAGAACCAUGUGCAGAUUGUCCCGAUGCUUGUGAUGAUGGACUAUGCACCAAUCCUUGCAAACAGGAAGAUCAGUACUCCAAUUGUGUCUCAUUAAAGGAACGCUUUACGUGCAAGCACCCGAUCAUUGAGCAAAACUGUCCUGGAUGUUCUACGAACAAUGGGUGUUGA